GUUGAAGACACAUUAGAUAUCAGCCAAGCAGUGACAGGUGAGCUCCUCCUUUGGACUGGGACACUGAGCAGAGACGAGCUGGACAUGGCCGGUUUCAAGCCGAGGGUGAUCUCUCUAACCAAGAGGCCGGGUCAUUCAUUUGGCUUCUACUUGAGGGUGGAGCAUAAUGAGGAGGGUCACCUGAUCCGCUGCCUGGAAAUGGGAGGUCCAGCUGAACUGGCUGGCAUGAAGGAUGGAGACCGCAUCCUGAGGGUCAAUGGAACAUUUGUUGAUGAAAUGUCACAUUCAGAAGUGGUGGACAUGGUGAGAAACAGUGGCGCAUCAGUCACGUUCCACAUCCUGGAUGAAGCUUCCUAUGUGCAGGCCAAAGCACGGGGAGUGAAUCUGUCCAACCCUCAGAGCGCACCAGUUGUCAAUGGUGGGACCAGCCAGGCUCUAAAACCCAAACUCUGCUACCUGGUUAAGUCCAGCUCAUCCUAUGGGUUUUCUCUUCGCAGUGUCAAAGGUGAGCAUGGUUUGUUCAUGACAGAGGUGAUCCAAGGAGGUGUGGCUGACAGGGCGGGGGUCUGUGUCAACGACCGCCUGCUGGAGAUCAACGGGGAGAACGUGGAAGGCGCCACACACGAUCAGGUAGUGGAGAAGAUCAAGCUGGCUGGCAGCAGCAUCAUGUUCCUGCUGGUUGAUCAGGAAACAGACAGGUACUACCAGAGCAAGCAUAUGAAGAUGGGAGCAUGGUUAGCCACGACCAAGUAUCUCCCACACAAGCCACGCGUAGUCAACUUAACCAAAGGACCUGAUGGCUAUGGCUUCCUUCUCAGGGAGGAGAAGAACCAAACAGGCCACUUCAUUAAGGACAUAGACAAAGGCAGCCCCGCAGAUAGAUCUGCUCUGAAGAAAAUGGACAGACUAAUAGCUGUUGACGGCAAAUCGGUGGACGGCUUCAGCCAUGAGCAGGUGGUGAACAAGAUCAGGCAGAGUGGCAAUACAUGCAGCUUGCUAGUGGUAGACGAAGACACGGACCAAAUGUAUGAGCAGGGGAAAGUGCCUCCUAUGCUCCCCUUGGAGGAUAUGGAGGAUUCCAACUCACCGCCAAGUUACAUAGAGGCCAUCAAUUUACCAGUUCCUGUCAAACCAUCCACACUUGUUAAGCCAAGGAGGGCGGAGCUCAAGCCUAAACUGUGUAGAAUGGAGAGGACUUCAACUACCUAUGGCUUUCACCUGAACGGCAUCCAGGGGCUCACGAGACAGUACAUCAAGGAGGUGGUGAAGGGUGGAGUGGCCGACAGGGCAGGUCUGGAGGAUGACGACAUCGUGGUGGAGGUGAACGGGGUAAACGUGGAGGAGAGCACCCACGACGAGGUGGUGGAAAUGAUCCGCUGCAGUGGCAACUCACUGGAGAUGCUGGUGGCUAAAAGGAGCGUCUAUGACCAACUCAAAGCUCAGGGAGUGACCAUCACACGCCUGCUCCUUGGGGAAACGUCUUAUGCUCAGGUCCACACUGUAGAUACUCCAGAAGAAGUUACGAGAUACGAGCAGAAAGCCAGACCUGAAACCCCAACUGAACCAGCAAGAGGGAGGGCCAUAUCAGCUUUAUCUCAAGAGAGCAUGGAUGAAAGAUUAUGAGAAGCCGCCGAACGGACAGUCUCCCUGAUUUGGCUUUUGUCAAUCUAAUGUUGAUCAAUUGUUGUUUUUUUACAAUCACCUCUAAGGGCACAAACAAUAAAAAGCGAGACAGUAAAGACUUUUGAAAUUCACUGUCAAUAUGUCAUGUAUUAAAGGGCUGAGAACAAAAUAUGA